GGUCUUGUUUCCGGUCCUGCGCGGUUUACGGAGCGGAGUAGAGCCCGGAGUCGGGAUUCGGUUUAUUUGUGGUCGUUUGGAAAUAAGAAAGGUAAAGAUGACUGAAAAUGUUGAGGAUGAAUCAUUGUUUGUAUGGUGUGAUGACUGUGGCCAGUACCAUGACUCGGAGUGUCCGGAACUGGGACCUGUUGUAAAAGUAAAGGAUUCAUUUGUCUUGAGCAGAGCAAGAUCAUCUUUGCCAGAUAGUCUGGAAAUAAAGAAGAUUAGUCAUGAAGUGGAAGGAGUCUUUGUGUUGACUCAGCUUGUAAAACGAACACAGUUUGGACCCUUUGAAGCCAAGAGAGUAGCAAAGCUGGAAAAGGAAAUGUCAUUCUCUUUAAAGAUUUUCCAAAAGGAUGGCCUUGUUGUUUCUUUUGACACUAGUAAUGAAGAUGACUGCAACUGGAUGAUGCUUGUUCGACCAGCAACAGAUUACAAACAUCAGAACUUGACUGCUUAUCAGCAAGACAAUGAAAUCUAUUUUACAACAUCUCAGGAUAUCCAGCCUGGUACAGAGCUGCGUGUCUGGUAUGGAGCAUUUUAUGCAAAAAGGAUGGAAAAACCACUCUUGAAACCCACUGUUACGCCACUAACUACAGAAGCUGAAACCUCACCUUUAAAGCAUGAAUUAGCUGGGGAAGAUAUGGAGAGAUCCACAGCAGCUAUGAACAACAGUAUCAGUGAUACUCCUGCUGAUGUACAAACUAGCAGUGUUGUCCAAGAAGUUGAAUGUAACCAGUGGGCAUGCAAAGUGUGUUCCUGUAUUUUCCAGGAGCCUCAACUUCUUACUGAUCAUCUAUUGAGCCAUUUGGAGGAAGUUAAAGGUGUCUGCCAAACAGUAAAUGAAGUAGCGCCUGAGCCUCAGCCGGUUGUGGAAGCACCUAAUGUGACCAUCACUUCUGAAGCUGUAAACCCUUCAACUAGUCCAAAAAAAAAGAGUGGGAGAAUACGAAAGCCUAAAGUGCCCAAAAUGCCAUCUGCACCUGUCUCAGUAGAGAGAAUUGAAACUGAGAGUACAGAUAAUACUUCAGCAGUUGGUGUGGACCAGAUUCUCACUGUAGUUCCAGUAGAUAAUGCGGUGCCAGUGCUCCAGCAGCCAGAGAUUACAAUGGGGCUUGAAAAUUCAUCAGGAAGACUCCAAAGAGUUAGCCGUACAUUGUUGCCUGCUACUAAGAGUGGCCUUCACAAGAAGUAUAUGAAACGUGGUGGAGAACAUAAGCGAGUUUAUCAGUGUACCCUGUGCAAUAAAGUCUUUCAAAAUAGCAGUAACCUCAACAGACAUAUUCGCUCACAUGGUGACAAGCUAUUCAAAUGUGAUGAAUGUGACAAGAUGUUUAGUCGCAAAGAAAGCCUGAAGCAACAUAUCUCUUAUAAACACAGUAAGACUGAGGUUGACUUGGACUAUAGGUUCAAAUGUGUUAUAUGUGAGAAGGCGUUUAGAGUGGAAAGUGCUCUUAAGUUCCACAAUUGUAGAACAGAUGACAAAACAUUUCAGUGUGAGAUUUGCUCUAGAUUUUUCUCUACAAAUAGCAACCUUUCCAAGCAUAAGAAAAAGCAUGGUGAAAAAAUGUAUGCUUGCGAGAUCUGCAAUAAAAUGUUUUACAGAAAGGAUGUUAUGCAAGACCAUCAAAGGAGGCAUAUUGUGGGUCCAAAACAUAUGAAAAGGGAAGAACUCGAAGCAAAUGGCGAAGAAGUUAGUAAAUACAGGAAAGAGCCUUCAGCCUGUCCUGUAUGUGGAAAGGUAUUUUCGUGCAGGAGUAACAUGAACAAACAUCUCUUAACUCAUGGGGAUAAAAAAUACACUUGUGAGAUUUGUGGUCGUAAGUUCUACCGCGUGGAUGUGCUACGGGAUCAUAUUCAUGUGCAUUUUAAGGAUAUUGCUCUUAUGGAUGAACAACAAAGAGAGGAGUUCAUUGGCAAAAUUGGCAUUUCAGUUGAUGAUGAUGAAGAUGAUUUUGAAGAAGAUAAAGAGGAUGAUGAAGUAGAGAUUCAUAAGUACAGCUGCAAAAGAUGUCAGGUAACCUUUGCUAAAGGGAAAGAUUAUUUGAAGCAUAUUAUGGAACUUCACAAGGAGAAAGGAUAUGGCUGCAAUAUAUGUAAUCGGAGGUUUGCUUUAAAAGCCACCUACAAUGCCCAUAUGGUGAUACACAGGGAGAAUCUUCCUGAUCCUAAUGUGCAGCGGUAUAUUCAUCCUUGUGAAAUCUGCGGAAGAAUUUUUAACAGUAUAGGUAACUUGGAAAGGCAUAAAAUAAUACAUACAGGUGUGAAGAGUCAUGGCUGCGAACAGUGUGGUAAAUCAUUUGCAAGAAAAGACAUGUUAAAAGAACACCUGCGAGUUCAUGAUAAUAUCAGAGAUUAUCUGUGUGCAGAAUGUGGAAAAGGAAUGAAGACAAAACAUGCUUUACGCCAUCACAUGAAGCUUCAUAAAGGGAUAAAAGAAUAUGAGUGCAAGGAAUGUAACCGUAAAUUUGCACAAAAGGUCAACAUGCUCAAGCAUUAUAAACGCCACACUGGAAUAAAAGACUUCAUGUGUGAACUAUGUGGAAAGACAUUUAGUGAGAGAAAUACAAUGGAAACGCACAAACUGAUUCACACAAUUGGGAAGACUUGGACAUGCUCUGUUUGUGACAAGAAAUAUGUAACUGAAUAUAUGCUACAAAAACACAUACAGCUAACUCAUGAAAAGGUUGAGGCCCAAAGCUGUCACUUGUGUGGAACAAAGGUGUCUACAAGAGCUUCAAUGAAUCGCCAUAUAAGAAGGAAACAUCCUGAGGUAAUUUCAGUGAGAAUUGACGAGAUAACACAGCUUCAAGAAAGUACAACUAUUGAUGCCUCCACCAUUAGCAUUGUGCAGCCCCAGCUCACCUUAGAAAAGAAUCCUCUGCAUGGCCAGAAACAUAUAAGAACCCCAAAAUCACAUAAAAAGAAGCAAAAGACUACAGAGGAAAGUGGGACCUCUGUGCCAGAGGAGGCAGUGUUGACAGUUCCAGAAGACACUUCAUACACCCAGUACACGGAGAAGGAGACUACCUUUACUGGAGCAGUCGGUGAUGAGACCAAUUCAGCUGUACAGAGCAUUCAGCAGGUUGUGGUAACCUUAGCGGAUCCAAUUGUAACCACUGCAUCCUCAAGUUCUGUGGGUCUUACUAAUAUUGCAGUCACUCCAAUUACUACUCCAGCUGGCACACAGUUUACCAGCUUGCAGCCUGUGGCUGUGAGCCAUCUUACAUCAGCAGAUCGUCAGAUCACCCUGGAUAACUCCAUCUUAACGGUGACAUUUGAUACUGUAAGUGGGUCGGCCAUGCUACACAAUAGACCAGCUGAUCUUCAACUGCCUUCCCAACAGGAGGCUGGUGUUCAAUCCCAAACAGUGGCUCAUUUUAUCAACUUGGCAACAUUUGUGAACCCUUUGAGCAGUCAGCUCACAGAACAGCCUGCUCUUACUUGGAGGCCAGUCACACCAUCUGAGGGAAGUCCUCAUACACCACUGCAGCCCCAAACCCAAGAUGUUGUUCAGCCUGCACCACAAGAUGUGCAACAGCAGACACAGCCUCAACAGCAGCAGCAACAGCAGCAGCAGAUGUUUGGUUAUUAAGGUCUUUCUUUACGUUCUUGGAUAGAUCCAAUUAUGUUUGAAAGAAAAACUGAAAAUGAUGAUGGUGAGAAAUUGAGGAUUUGUAGUGAAUGAGAUGUAGGAAAAUAUGAAGAAGAUGCUGUAACAUUUCACUUUUCAGAGUAUUUACACAGAUUAAACAAAAACGUACUGUAGGAUCAGUGUUUUAGUGUGACGGACUAGACACACUAGUUUUUCUUAGGUAACUAAUUUCAACUUAUUCCAAAAAUUGUUUCAAUAUGCAUACAUAUACAUAAUUAAUAAUGGUGUUGAAACCAUUGUUUUUUAUGAGUUAAUUAUGUCUGAAGCUGCUUGUUUAUUUCUGAUCCUGCUUGUUGACCCUGGACAAAAAGGUUAUGGUAGUUUCAUGAUUUAAGAUGUUUUUCAAGGUUUAAUUUCUUCCAUUUAAAGAUUUAAACUUUACUGAAACCAAUCGAAAACAUUCGUCCUUCAGCAUUCUGGUUUAUGUUCAGUUUGCACAGGUAGAAUUUUAAUAAAUUAAAAUUAAAGGCAAUGAGUAAUAAUGAGUUAAUAAUUGACUGAAGCAGCAUUAAAUGAUGAAUGUAAUGUAAAGAUUAAUUUGUUUAUUUCUGGGAUUCUUUCUUAAAUACCUGUCAGUAAGAAUAAGGUCUUUGGCUGAUUAUUGGAAUUUUUUUUUUUUUUUUUUUUUUUUUUUUUAAUUGUUUUCAUAUUUUUCCUGGGCUAUCCCUGUAAUAUUUAAUUCUAGCCUGAAGAAAGCAUUCAGAAAAUACUUAAAUCAAAAGAUAUUAAUGAAGCACAUGCCAGUGUAUUACCAAAUGAGAGUAAUGCAGUAUAUGUAUGUGGAGAAUACAGCCUUAUAAAAAUAACCAUUUAUGUGCCCACAAAAUUUAAUGACAAUCAGGAAUAAAAAUCCUGAACACAA